AUGGCUCUUCUCCCUGCUCGUGAAGCCGUGACCAUUGGAAAAGUCAUACAUGCCACCGGAUAUCGAAAUCUCCCGCCAGAUGAGCUUGUGGAUCUCGCGAUUGAGAGUCACAUUGCCCAUGUAGUGAAACGCUCUUGUGUCGGUGGGGAUGAAUCAUUCUUCAUCGCCGAUUUGGGCCAGAUAAGUCGUCAGCAUCGUCGUUGGAUCCAGAAUAUGCCCGGAAUACGACCGUAUUAUGCGGUUAAGUGCAAUUGUGACCCAACCUUUCUCAAGGUUCUUGCAGGGUUGGGAACGGGGUUUGACUGCGCUUCCGUUGAAGAGAUGCGCGCAGUUCUUAGCCUCGGCGUGGAUCCAGCCCGGAUUCUGUUCGCCAAUCCAUGCAAAGCACCCGCCGCGGUAGCUUUUGCACGCGAGGUUGGCGUCUUGCGAACAACGUUUGACAACAUCGACGAAUUGGAUACCAUCAAGGCACAUAUGCCAGAAGCUCAGCUGUUACUUCGUAUCUAUGCAAAUGACGAGGGUGCUUUCAUUUGCCUGGGCGAAAAAUUUGGUGCGCAGUUGGAUACGACCGAGGAGUUACUUUCAAGGGCUUGGGAGCUUGGACUGAAUGUGAUUGGCGUUAGCUUCCAUGUUGGGACGGGUGCUACCAACCCGGCAUCAUUUUGCAAGGGCAUCAAAGAUGCACGUCUGGCGUUUUCACAAGCUGAACGCCUAGGGUUCCACCCCAAGAUUCUCGAUAUCGGCGGCGGCUUUCAAGACGAUGGCUUCGAGUCUAUGGGUCCUGUUAUUCGAGACGCAAUUCAGUCGGAAUUCCCAGCUGGUAUCACAACGAUCGCAGAACCAGGUCGGUUUUUGGCUCGCAGUGUGUAUACUCUUGUAUGUCGAGUGAUUUCACGUCGCCGCCAGCUUGGGAGUGCUGCUCUAUCUGGUGUUCCAGACAUGCUUUAUCAAAACGAUGGCAUAUAUGGGAACUUUAUGAAUGUGAUCAUGGAGAAAGAGAUCAUGGUUCCUUAUUUGGUCAGCAAGAAGACCAGGAGUUUCUUGCAUAAACCAAAAUCAGGGGAAAGUGAGAAGACAAACGAUGCUGUUCAAGUAACAAGUCAUCGGUACUCGAUCUGGGGACCUACAUGUGACAGCACCGAUUGUGUUGUGCGCGAGGUGACCCUUGAUUCUGAAGUCAAGAUUGGAGAUUGGCUCAAAUAUAAAAACAUGGGAGCAUAUACAAGUACCACUGCCACUCAGUUUAAUGGCUUCAGCAGCACCUAUGAUACAUUUUAUGUCAACAGUGAAACGUUGUCUGGCUAUUAG